UUUUAAACUAUUGCACUGAAUGACAGUUGUUAGAAACGCGUGUUUACAGGUGCCCGAAUGGUGAUAGAAAAAUUCAAGUUCAUGUCAUCCGCAAAAUAUUUGGAUUUUUGAUUUAUAUGCUAUGAUGAAGAUCAUUCUUCUCAUCUUGCUCUCAAUAUGCACCCUACUUAACGCAGAACAACUCAGGUACAAACCCCGCGGACCUCCCCAACGCCGGCGUUCUCCACCGCACCGUCAGUUCGCCAAAAAAUGGCACCAAGGCGGUCCCCUCAUCCAAAUGAAACCCCACGGAUUACCGCCGCACGGUCUUAUCCAAGGAGUGCCACAAGGUAUGCUCCAGUUCCCUCUGAGAGGUCCUCCUUUGAGGCAGAAACCCAUGAAUCAUAACCUCAAUAACAACCACAACCACAAUAACAACAUGCCGAUGUUAUUAGUCGCUCCUUUGCAUCUUGGGCAGAAUAAACUACCACAGGGAAUUCCACAGGGAAUUCCGCAGGUUUUGCAGAGGCCUGCAACGCCACCUAUUAGAAAUUAUUGGAAAAAUCAAGUAAAUAACGUUCAAUUUCCUCCAGAGAAGGUUUACGUGCCGCAAGGUCCAUCCCAGCAAGUUGAAAAACAGAAACCGUUUAGGUCUGCUCCUAGUCUACCAGUUCAGGAAUAUGACUACCACGUCCAAACGAAUCAAAUUCCUCACUCACACAUCAACCCAAUCAAACAAAUCGGAGAAAAAGGUCCCAUACAUACCAUACCAGCACCUAAUUUAAGCCUUAGAGAUAAACCAGCAAUGAUUCACGAAGUGAGAAACGAAUUAUCCUACCAACCACAGAACAUACCAUACGAACAGCAAAGACAGGAGGUUAGUUUUCAGCACAGUUCCCCACACGAAGUCAGAGGAGAAAUAAGCUUCGGACACAAGAUUCCACAAUCAACGCAUGUUAAUAUUCAAAAGAGUCACGAAUACCAAGUCACCGAACCAUCAGAGCACAACCAGAAACUCCAAAGAAUACAACAAGAACACCAAAAACAAAUACAGCUCCAAAUACAGAAACAGAUUGAACAUAUGCAGAAACAGAACGCGCAGCAAGAAUCGCAACAAAUAUUAAUAGCUUCAGACUCAAUACCACUUCAACAUAAUUUAGACCAGAAUCCCACCGGUGAUAUCAUUCUAAGCAACAAUUUAAGUCCUAAAGACCUUUAUCAGCUAGUGAAUGCUAAUUACCCGCAAGCGCAUCAAAAUCAUCAAUUAGAACAUAUACAAUUAUUCCAACCGGAUGGUACUUUCCUCGAACAAUUCCCACAAGAAUCCAUCCAAGCUUCGGAUAAAAUCAGUUUCCAACCCGAAUUCCAAUCCUUCAACUACGACGAACAGGCUCAUCAAAAGAGUUUAUCCAAGAAAGAUAUGUCGUCUCUAGUAUCAGCUACUUAUAACCUAGGAUCAGAUCACAAAGAAACUUCAUCCAGAAAUUCUGAAGACGCUUUAGAGCAAUCUGAAUUAGUCCAAAGCUAUUUCGAUAGUAGAAGUGACGUAAGCGACAAUAAGAUUGAAUCUGAUGCUAAGAGUAAAAAAGAUUCUAAUGAAGAAAAGUUAGUGGGAUCGUAUUAUUCUUCUUUACCUAACAAAGAGGCCGCUGAAAGAUUAGCUCAGCUGCAAUCUGCCGGUAAAAUUAACAGUAAUCUAAUGAAGCUGUCAACGAACCAAAAUGAUUCCAACGAAUCCAUGACUAUAUUAAUACCUGACGAUGAUGAUGACAAUACAGAAGCAAAAAACGCUUCGGAAAAAGAAAAUAAAGAUGAAUUUUCAGAUUACGAGGAUGAGGAAGAUGAAAAUAUGGCUUCUGAAGAAAGCGCCGAAUUUGGACACAGGAUACAACCAAAGAAAAGAGCCGAAUAGAUA